AUGCUGGAAGCCCUCCGGGAAACCGCCAAGCCGCCCCUCACCACCAACCGCAGCCCAGCACUGCCGCCGUCCUUCGCCUCAGCGUCCAGCCUCGCCCCAAGCAGCAACUCCACCCUCACGACCACGGACAGCUCCGCCAGCGCCGACGCCGGCACGAGCGGCGACGCGGCCUCCAUGACCAGCUCGGUGCGGGAGCACGUGUUCGAAGGGGGCCUACGCUACCACGCCUACCGCGCCGGCAAGUACGCCUUCCCCAACGAUGAGUCCGAGCAGAUCCGCGACGACCUGAAGCACGCCAACUCGCUCUUGCUAUCCGGCGGCAAGUACUUCUUCUCCCCGGUCGAGGACGCCCUCGAAGCCGGCGGGGAGGUGUUGGAUUUAGGCACUGGCACGGGUAUCUGGGCCGUGGAGCUCGGCGACAAGUACCCCAAGACGAAAAUAACCGGGAUCGAUCUAUCCCCCAUCCAGCCGACUCUCGUCCCCGAGAACGUUCACUUCUUUGUCGACGACUUCGAAGAAGAAUGGAUCGAUCCCGAGGAUAAGUACGACCUAAUCCACCUCCGGAACACGCUGCACUCCGUGAAAGACCCCCAAGCCCUCCUCGAGCGGGCAAUCCGCCACCUCAAACCCGGGGGCUACUUCGAAGCCUCGGACAUCUGCUUCAUCCCGCGCAGCGACGACGGCACGCUGACGCCUUCCACGCCGUACGCCCUGCGCGACUUCAUCAGCUACAUCGCGGCGGGCGUGCGCGCGCUCGGGUCGGACGUGUACGCGGUGCUGGCGCUGCCGGACGCGAUGCGCGGCGCGGGGUUCGCCGACGUGCGCCGCGCCACGCUCAAGCUGCCCCUUGGCCCUUGGCCGCGCGACCCGCGGCUGCGCUGCUGCGGCCUGCUCACGCGCACCGUCAUGAUGGAGGGCCUGCGCGGCGUCAGCGCGCGCCCGCUCGCCGCGCUCGGCUGGACGCCGCUGCAGAUUGAGAUGUUUCUCGUCGAUGUGCGCAAGGCGCUCAUGGACGAGAGCGUGCAUGUGUAUUUCGAAUUGCACGUUGUGUAUGGGAAAAAGCCGGAGCGUUGA